UCCAUCGCCACGACAGCUUCCGCGCGGGCGGUCGUCAGCAUGAAGUUCUUCAUAGAUAACCUCCCGGUGCUCUUCCCGUACCCCCGGGUCUACCCAGAGCAGUAUGCCUACAUGUGCGAUCUUAAGCGCACCCUGGACCAGGGCGGGCACUGCGUUCUGGAGAUGCCUUCAGGCACAGGUAAAACUGUGUCUUUGCUUUCCCUCAUCAUAGCCUACCAGCAGUUCUAUCCGGAGAAGCGGAAGCUCAUUUACUGCUCUCGAACCAUGUCCGAGAUCGAGAAGGCGCUAGCCGAGCUGAAAGCACUGAUGAAAUAUCGCACGCAAGAGCUAGGCCGCGAAGAAGAAUUCCGCGGGCUCGGCCUCACCAGUCGGAAGAACCUCUGUCUGCAUCCGAGCGUCAAGCGCGAAAAGAGUGGCAAUGUUGUCGAUGCGCGGUGUCGCAGUCUCACAGCAGGCUUCGUGAAAGAGAAGAAGGAGCGUGGCGAGGAUGUCGAACUAUGCGUGUACCACGACAACCUAGAUCUUCUGGAGCCACACAACCUGAUACCACCUGGCGUUUUUACAUUCGAUGGGUUACUGAAGUACGGUGAGCAGCAGAAGCAGUGCCCUUACUUCACAGCACGCCGGAUGAUGCCCUACUGCAACGUCAUCAUCUACUCGUACCACUAUUUGCUGGACCCGAAGAUCGCAGAUCGCGUAUCGAAAGAGCUUUCGAAGGACUGCAUCGUCGUCUUUGACGAGGCUCACAACAUCGACAACGUAUGUAUUGAGUCGUUGAGUAUCGACUUGACAGAAGAUGUAUUGCGCAAAGCUACAAAGGGAGUCAACAAUCUAGACCGAAAGAUCACCGAGAUGAAGACUACCGAUGCAGAGAAGCUUCAAAACGAAUAUGCAAAACUUGUUGAAGGGUUACGUACAGCAGAAGAAGCUCGCACAGAAGACGCCUUCAUGGCGAACCCGGCAUUACCGGACGACUUGCUCACCGAAGCAGUACCAGGCAAUAUUCGGCGAGCAGAGCACUUUGUCGCGUUCCUCAAACGCUUCAUUGAGUAUCUCAAGAUUCGAAUGCGCGUUGUACAAGUCAUUUCAGAAACACCUCCCUCUUUCCUCGAAUCUCUUAAGAACGCCUCUUUCAUCGAACGCAAACCACUACGCUUCUGCGCUGAGCGCUUGACCUCGCUCGUACGCACACUGGAACUCACAAACAUCGAGGACUACCAGCCACUUCAAGAUGUCGCGACAUUUGCUACCCUUAUCGCAACAUACGAAACCGGGUUCCUUCUCAUCAUCGAACCCUUCGAAUCGGCAACCGCCCAAGUACCCAACCCAGUACUUCACUUGACCUGCCUUGAUGCUGCAAUUGCCAUCAAGCCCGUCUUUGAGCGCUUCUAUUCUGUCAUCGUUACAUCUGGAACGAUGUCUCCUCUGGACAUGUAUCCUCGAAUGCUCAACUUCAACACCGUCGUGCAAGAGUCGUUCACCAUGACACUUACACGCAAGUCAUUCCUUCCCAUGAUCGUCGACCGCGGCAGCGAUCAAAACCAGAUCACAUCCGGCUUUGAGCACCGUGGCGACAUCCAAGUACAACGUAACUUCGGCAACCUUCUCAUCGAAUUCUGCAAGCUCACACCCGACGGCGUCGUCGUCUUCUUCCCCUCCUACCUCUACAUGGAGCACAUCAUCUCUGCCUGGCAAGGCAUGGAAAUCCUCGAUACAGUCUGGAAAUACAAGCUCAUCCUCGUCGAAACGCCCGAUGCGCAAGAAACAGCACUUGCGCUCGAGACCUUCAGAACUGCAUGCAACAACGGCCGUGGGGCGGUCCUACUCUGUGUCGCACGUGGCAAGGUCUCCGAGGGUAUCGAUUUCGACCACCACUACGGGCGCACUGUGCUCUGCAUGGGUGUCCCCUUCCAGUACACCGAAUCCCGUAUUCUCAAGGCGCGUCUGGAAUUCCUGCGCGAAACGUACCGCAUCAAAGAACAAGACUUUCUCUCCUUCGACGCCAUGCGGCACGCCGCGCAAUGUUUGGGUCGUGUCAUCCGCGGUAAAGACGACUACGGCAUCAUGGUACUGGCAGACAAACGCUUCAACAAAAAGAUCACGCAGCUGCCGAAGUGGAUUCAGCAGGGUCUAGAUCAGAAGAGCACGAAGCUGAGUGUCGAUCAGGCGGUCGGCACGGCGAAGCAGUUCUUGCGCGAUAUGAGUGUGCCGUUAAGUAGGCAGCAGGCGGAGGGUUAUUCGAGCUGGGGUAUUGAGGAGUUGAAGGCGCAUCAGAAGAAGAAAGGCGAAUUGGGGAUUAGUGGGACGGAUUACACUGCGCUGCGAGCUCUGGAAGGAAGGGCAGCGGCUGAGCAUAUGGAUGAGGGCGACGGGUUUGGGGAAGGGUUGAAGGAAGAUGAAUUUGGUGGGCAGGAUAUGGACGAUGUCAUGGCUGAUCUGUAGUUUAGAGUUACGGAUAGCGCAUUUGAGGUGUUUAUGAGGCAUGGGGAGCAGGGAUACAAUACGAUAUCGGAC